UCCCCUGCUCCUCCUCUGUUAACUGGACACGUCCUCUCUCCUGGACACUGUCAGGUCUUUUUCCUUCAGCAGUGCCAGAGAAGGACGCUGCUGAGAAAGCCUCAGUGUCAGACUGAACUGGAUUCAAUGAGGGAGCCAGAUCGGGAGGAGCAGUCUGAAGCCAACAUGCCCCCCAAGUUUAAACGACACCUGAAUGACGACGAGGUCACGGGAUCUAUUCGCAGUGAGAGGAGGAACCUGCUGGAAGAAGAUUCAGAUGAGGAGGAAGACUUCUUUCUGCGAGGGCCCACAGGACCCAGGUUUGGACCUCAGAACGACAAAAUCAAGCAGGUGCAGUCGCAGGUUGAUGAGGUCAUCGACGUGAUGCAGGAGAACAUCUCCAAAGUGAUAGAGAGGGGUGAGCGUCUCGACGACCUGCAGGACAAGUCAGAGAGCCUAUCAGACAACGCGUCUGCCUUCAGUAGCCGAGCCAAACAGCUGCACAGGAGGAUGUGGUGGAGAGACAUGAAGAUGAAGAUGAUCAUCGCCUUGGUCGUGGUCGCUCUCCUGCUCAUCAUCAUCAUUCCAGUGAUCCUGCGAUAUCGCUAAUGUCCGACGAGGAGGAUGAGGGAGAACCCCGCUCUUCCUCUUCUUCCUCUCUCUCUCUAUAUAUAUCUCACUGUCUCUCCUCUGCACACAGUCCUCCACUUCAGCUAGGGGGUGCCAGUCGACCUCCCACACCCUCCUCAGUACCGGCCUGUGUACCCUCAAAGAUCUGGCCUCCACUCGCCCUCAGUACAGAUCUUACUGUGGGUGUUCCCGCUGAAACCUGCUCUGAGAUCAGUUCUGAGGCUCGGUUUGAGCGGGAACACGGCGGGUGAGAAACGGGGAGAUGUUUGAAAUGCAGUUUAGGAGAAAACGCUGACUCUCAGGAGCGGUCCGUUCCAUGACACAUAUCACGUCGGGCCGCGGCUCUGCUCUGACAGCAGGUCCUGUACGUUGCAUCAUAUAGAUCCAUACUGUAAAGAAAGUUUAGCCUCAUGUAAAGACGCUGUAACAUCCACUGGAUGAAGCUCAGAUGUCUCCAGGGUUCCUCCUGCGCUCUCCUGCAGGACGAUGAGGACGUUUAAAGGGAACAUUUCUCUGUCUGACAGGAGCGAGGGAACAUCUGAGGUUCAUCUGCUGCGUCGCUUUUAAUCAUCAAAAAACUCUCUGACAGAAAACUGAUUUCACUCAUCAGAUCCGUUUCCUCCUCUCUGCUCAGAGGGUUGGAGAAAGGACGAGAAAGGAGCUGCUUUCUAACAUUAUUCUCACUCCAUUCAUUUCCCCUCCCACCAACCUCCUGACGGCGUGUUGAGCCGCACAGCACGACCACUUUAAACCAAAACAUCCAGGUUAUGAAUGUCUCCUCCCACGCUGCACGCCGAGCCCCUCAGCCUCCUCCUCACUGGUGCUGAGCUCUGGGCCGGUUUGGUCACGGCUGUCCUACUUCCCUGCUUGUGACAUUAAACUGUCUCUCACGCUGCAGAAGGUUUUAAUACCGCUUCUUUUUUUCCACUGUUUCUAAGUUCUCAUUCUGCUGGUCGCUCUCCGUGGUGCUUCGUUUGAACGCUGGUGUUCCCGUCGCCGCGGACGGGACACGUGAUCUCUCUGUACUGUCACAUCAUGUUUAUAAAGGGGUGAUGUCAGUGAUGCAAGCUGUGAAACAAACAUACUGUAGGUGUCAUUGUGUCUGGAUUAAUUAACUGUAUAAUACAACUGUCAUUUUAUUUUAAUGUAAUUUAUUUUAGCUGUAAAUAUUGAUUCUGUAAUGAUGUACAAUAUUCUGGCAUUGCAUUGGAAGACUGAUAUAUUGAUUCUUUUUGCUCUGAAAUAAAGUGAUUUUAAAGGGCA